CACCUAUUCAGGGUACCAAGAUCGACAACUUCUAACAUCAUAUCCGAAGUAUGCGAUGCUAUUUACAACGCACUGAGAGAUUACAUAAAGGUACCUAGCGGCGACGAAUGGAAAAGGAUUGAAAAAGGCUUCAGAAAUUCCUGGAAUUUCCCUGGUUGCUCAGGCGCUAUAGAUGGGAAACACGUUACCGUCAAAGCUCCACCAAAUGCAGGAAGUUAUUACUUCAACUACAAAAAAAAUAACAGCAUUGUUCUCAUGGCAGUGGCAGAUGAUGACUACUGUUUUUCAUAUAUUGAUGUUGGAUGUAACGGGCGUGUAUCGGAUGGUGGAGUUUUCUCCCAUUGUGAUCUUAGUCAUGCCUUGGAAAAUAAUUUACUGCCCGAAGGUCUUGUUCUAGUGGCCGAUAAUGCGUUUCCUCUAAAACCAUAUAUGGUGGAAACCAAUUGACAUUUGAACAAAAAAUUUUUAAUUAUAGAUUAUCACGGGCAAGACGAAUCAUCGAAAAUGCUUUUGGCAUCUUUGUUAGUCGAUACAGAAUUUUCGAAAGGCCCCUACCCUUUUUUCCCAAGAAGGUG